CAUUUCCAUGCUUUCCACUUUGGAACCACUUUCUGCUCGUCUUUUUCUAGUAUUCCCUUAGGUGCCUCGUCUCCAUUCUUGGGGACAAGAAUAACAUCCGGCCUAUCUGGUCCUGCACCUGGGACCUGCCUUCGCCCCGCCACGUGCCUCCGGCCUCCCAUACACAACUCAGCCCUGCCGAUAGGUCCUGGAAACUCUCUAAUCCUCCUAGCCUCUCCCCUUCUUUCCACCAUCAAGUCGUCAUUUCCCUCAUCACACCUACCCUCCCUCCAGAAACCCAUGCAAACGUCUCCAUUUCCUCAAACAAGCUUAAUCUUUGCUUGAGGCUCAGAAGGGGGCGGAGGCUUCCAAGCAUUUCAUCGACUCCACCGUGAAACAUUUGGCGCAGGCCUCUUGGUCACUUCGUAUACUCUUAUAUCUUCUAUACAAUAUCCUUUUUCUCCGUCAUGGCCCCAAAACAGCGUUCCCAAACUCCUCGACAACCCGGCGUCGCCAACUCCUCCGAGUCAAUCCUUCACCAACAGCAGGUCACGACUACACUCUUUUCAGACCAACCAGCCAAAGAACGCCGCCGCCGGCAGAGAGAUAGCCCGCGGCCCAUAUCUUCCGCUCAGUCGCCUUUCCAGGAUACGAUUUCCUUGAGCCGAUCACCUAUAGUAUCGGACUCGCCUGCCUCACCGGUCGAAGGUGUUGCUCAAGGUUUCUCUUCUCGUCGCGAAAGCUCUUCCACCAUGAGGACAUCUUCCAUUUCUCUCGACAUGGUGCCGACGUGUACACCCACCGGCCGCAUCAGCAAGGCAAAGAAAGGCAAACGUGUUCACGCGUGUGAGUUUCCUGGUUGUGGAAAGGUCUUCACCCGGGCAGAGCACAGGAGGAGGCAUGAAUUGAAUCACAAUCCUGAAGCACUCUUCCCCUGCACUCGCCCUGGAUGCCGAAAAGCAUUCCACCGGAUGGAUCUUCUUCAACGCCAUCAGGAGAGACAUGAUUUGGAAACCGCAGCUGAUGCUGCCGCCUCUGGACACAUGGGCCAGAUGGCACAGGUCUCAGUCACUUCAGAACCGUCUUCUGUGAUGCCUGCUCCUGUCAUGACCAGCCCUCAAGCCGAUCGAAGUGCUCCAAGGUCCUCUUCUGGAGGACUCUCCAUCGGUUCUCUCGUCCAUCCCCAGCAAGACUACCGAUACGGCAUGGGAACGCCAGCAUUUAACGGGUUUCCACGACAGCCCAUGCAUUACGUCCCUGGCUACAACUCUGCGGACGAUUCUAUUUUCUAUACCCCUGAAAGCAGUCAAUCUCCUGUUUCUGAAUAUUAUGGCCGGUAUGCCCACCGCCAGAGUAUUUCUUCCUCGUCCUCUGUAGCUGCUUUCGAUCCCAGCGCGGCCUCGCCCUUGAUCAGCGGAACAAUGCCAGGCCCUUGGGUGCCUUCGUCUGGACCUCCCAGCAUUCUCCCUUCAACCAUGCUUGAUGACGGGACUUAUCUUCCUACUCUACCAUACCAAUACCCCUCUCCGACCUGGAUGGAAUCGAAUGGUCUGUCAUACGAAGAGAACUAUCCAAUGCCUCUGGACUUCAGUCAGGAAAUGUCUCAACCAGUAUAUCCGACACUAUAAGGUGGGAUUGCCUGGAACUUUACUGGCAGUACUUCCACCCGUCCUACCCUCUCAUUCACCGACCCAGCUUUCUGCCUACGAAGCCGAGUCCCCUCUUGGCCAGUGCAAUGCUAGCAAUAGGAUCACAAUACGACACCCGACCAGACGCGAAACUAUACUCCCUGACCCUGUUAGAGAUUGCCACGAAACUUUUGAGAAGACGAGACAACAUCACGAGUCGGUCAAGGCUAGCAGACCUGCAAACCGUAUUUCUUCUUGAGAUUUUGAGCAAAUAUUGUGCGAGGCGGGUGGAAGUGGAGAUGUCGGCUAGAUUUCGCUCACUAUUUGCGAGCCUCGAUCAAGCAAGACGGACUCUGGCAACGGAUCCCUUGGCAGUCUUUAGGACACUCUCCAAAGAGCGUACGACAGACGACGUUCAAAGAGCCCAUAAAUUCUGGCUGGAGCACGAGACCCGGCGACGGAUUCUGCAAGCAUGUACCGUCCUGGACCUUCAGCAAGUGGUCUUGUUCGAACAACCGGCCACUAUUGUUCACCAUGAGCGCCCAAGGAGAACCGGCCCCAACGGACUUCGAUUAAAUGUCUCUCUGCCCUGUUCAGAGGACCUUUGGGAGACCAGCCCGAUCGAAGAGUGGGUGGAGAUGGCUUCGGGCUCUGAAACACCACCUUCAUCCAGCAAGGCCAGACCUUGCCACCCAGAUCAAGCGUCCUCUUCGUCUCUGGACUACUUUCAGAUCCAAGUCAGCUUGGCCGCCAACCAGGGUCUGCCUCUCGAUCAGCUUCUGCCCCGGAAUGACCAAGCGGGUGAAUCUGCAUGUCGGCUCUUCUUCAACCGCCACGCUCGAGAGAUGGCCAAGAACGCGCCGAUCCGACAGCUCCUUGUGGUCAGCGGCGAGUCUUGGAUCAUCGGGAAGAAGCUUGAGAAUGAAGCCGAGUUUCAAGACGCAAAAAGGAACUUGAGAGUCUGGGUCGACUCGAACCGUGAGAGCCGGGUGGCGCUCUGGCAUGCGACGCAACUGAUCCGCAGCCGGGCGGAAUUCUCGACUUCUGAUCUGACAAACACCGAUCUCUCAGUUUCGUUCCAGGACACCCACAUGCUCCACGAGCCGUGGGCUUUCUAUCUGGCUGCCCUUGUUUGCUGGGCCUAUGGCUUUUCUGCAUGGACAACGGCCGAGAAUAACGGACAGGGCUCGGGGGCCGCUUCUGCCACCAGCGAGCCCACUUCCAAUCCUUCGCGAAGUUCCAGCUUGUCUUCGGCGCAUCCGGCUCUUCUUGACUCGCACGAGGCGGCGUAUAGUAUGCGAGAGUAUUUGCAAAACACCAACGUCAAAACAGUCGACGACUUGUUACGCUUAGACCCACAGGUGUUUGGACGGAUGCAUGGUCUUCUCGAAAUUGUUCGACUCAACAAGGUCUCCCUCUUCCUGGGUGGCCUGAUGAACGAAGCCGAACGGGUAUUGUAUCGACUCGUGGAGGGACGCAGUCGACUGUCACACUUCUAGAGCGCAGGAGCGGCUUUGUCUUUCUAUCCUACACUUUUUUCCUGGUUGGUUCUCUGUCACGACCAUGAUGUUUUACGACCUUUACGAGGAUUGAAUUUGUUUUGUCUUUGAUACCACAUUUUGGGGGCUCCAUUUCCGGGUUAUGAGGGACUGGGACUUGCACUUUUACUUGAGAUGGGGACGGGGAAAAUUGGGCGUUCACGGCGACCUUGAUCAAGUUUGCAUGUUUCAAGAAUGGGACACCGUGAUCUUUUUGCUUUCUUGUGGCGUACUUUGGCGCACCUACAUGGAGGGUUUUGCAUAUUGUCGCAAGGAGACGAACGGGGAAAAAAAGAUCCACAGGGAGCACAGCGUGUUCAGGGCAGAUUUCCAGCAAGCGAGAAAGACUUGUAAAUUUGACAGACUGUAUCCACCAUCCACCAUACUGGAGUACCUGCGCUGCGAGCCAUUGUCAAUCAAAUUGUUUGAUUUUGAAGAA